GCCACUGCUGUAUACACCAUGGAGGAUUGCUCGCACGAACGUGAGGUGGAGGACGACAUGAAAGCUAUGCAUAAUUAUUACAAAAAAUACAUAGCUUUAAAAAAACGUUGUGAUUCCAUACACUUAGGAAGCGAGAGAUUGGUUAACCGCAUCUACUAUAUUAAGAAAGCAAUUCGCAAGUUGUCACGGGAGCGCAGGGCUUUAAUUGCAACUUUAGAUGAAUAUGGUGAUGACUGUAGAAAUGCUCCUUUGAUAAUUGCUGUUGAGGAUGAUGUGCCCCUCUCUGCUCUAAACUCAUCCGAUAUAGGUGCAGAUAUUUCUGAUGUUUCAUUGGACAUUCCACAUAAGAGUAAGAAAUUAUCACUUAGUCCCCCUCUGAGUUUGUCAAGUCCCUCACCAACUCCAGUUACUACAAAACCAGCAUUGCCCACACCAGUAGUAAGGAAGAAAAAGAGGAAGGAGGAUAAACCAGAGAAGGAGAAAGAUCCAAAUGCUCCAAAAAAACCUGCAAAUGCUUACUUAAUGUUUUGUCAACAAGAGAGGGCGCCAGUCCAAGAGGAGCACCAGAGUCAAGAUAAGGAUGAAAUCUCACAUCAAGAGCUAACUAAAGAGCUUGCUAAAAGAUGGAAUGAACUUACCAGUGACCAAAAACAGGCCUAUUAUGACAUGUAUGAAAAGGAUAAACUUCGAUAUGAAAGGGAAAUGCAAGAGUACAACUCUUCUUUUCAAAGCGCCACCAACAGUACUAAUAGCUCAAGUAACUUAAAACCAAUUAAAGAAGAUAAAACAAUUGCAAGCAUAGUGCUGCCUACUUCAACAGCCACACCACCCAAGAUCAAAUCCGAAAAGCCACUUGAAUCAGCAUAUUCUAGAAUUAAAAUGGAACGACAGGAAUUGGCUAAACUGAAGAUGGAGCAAUUGGAAGUCCCAAAGCCCAAACCACCACCCCCUGAAGACUAUGAUCCUUAUAACUUUGAUGAUGAAGAAAAUAAACGACGACCUUGAAAUGUGGUUUCAAUUUUUUUAUUUUAUUAUGGUGGAAUAUAGGCCUAGUUAGAGAGCAGCAAGAAUGUAGAGUUAAAAAUGUGGAGAGCUUGAAAAUUUGUGGUGAAAAAGGGUAUAAGGACUAACUGCAUUGAUUAUUUAAGCUUAAAAAUAAUUGCAAGAUUUUAGGUCUCUUAAAUUCAGAUGUGUAUGUAUUUUAGAUUUAUUUGUUAGAAAUAUUUACCAUUAAAACAUUUCUAUAAUGUGUGAUUUACAGUUUAAUAAUAGUAUGUUUGUCAGGGGGGGAUCCAGGACAUUUAUAUCAGUAUGGCUAUCAAAACUUUCAGAAUUGAUUACCAUCACCAUGGAAGUAUGGUAUCCUUAUAACACAGUGUUGUUGACAAACAUAUAAUGUCUUGUAAAAAAAAGUUUUAGACUUUCACCGUAUUUAUCCAAAUAAUUGCUAUGCAAUAAAAGCUUUAGACUUUCACCGUAUUUAUCCAAAUAAAUGCCAUGUUGAAAAGUU